GAGAGGAGCGCGCGCCGCAGGGGCAGGGAGCGCGCGGCGGGAGCGCGCGGCCUGGGACAGUCUGCGAGGCGCGAGGCGCUGACGGGCUGGCAGGCGGCGCGAGGGCUCCAGGUCGCGGUCCGGGUGGGCGCCUGCGGUGCCCCGGGAGGGAACUCCUGCGGGAGUAAUCCACAACUUCGGAAUGGGAGCCUGGCCCCUUCCCCACUUCCUGUGAUCAACCGGGGCUGAGGUCUCUGUGGGGAUGCCUAUACACCACCAGAAAUCAGACUCAUUGGAGAUGGACUCGGACUUGCCGCCCAGCUGCAGGCUCAGCGACCUGAGCAGAGGGGGCAGUUUAGAGAGUCGAAGCAGCAGUUGUCGCUCUAGAAGUUUCACUUCGGAUGACGAGAUCCUGAAGUACCUCACCCACGAGGAAAAGGAUGUCAUCCUGUUUUUUGAGGAGACUAUUGAUUCCCUGGAGGACGACUUUGAGGAGCUGGACCUGUGUGACAGCGGCGUACACUGCCACUCUCUGCGGUCUCUGGAAGAGGGCGCUUCCAGUCACUCGGAGCCGGAAGAUGUCAUCGAUUUAGUGCAGCCAGGACCUGCAGCUGGGGAACACGAGAGCCGCCCGGAGGGGACCGAGGCAGCGGGGGCUGGACCUGGUGGAAAGGAAGACAUUCCUGACCUUGAAUGCAGGAAGCAGGAUGCUGAGAAUUCGCCCCCUCCAGACUCCACGGUUCCAGAGGCCCCUCCUCUGUCGCCUUCCCUGCCUGUCACCGCAGCUCCAGCCCACCCCAGGAAAGAGCUGCUCACUCCUUCUCCCCCAGCAGAGCACCCAAAACUACCCCGCUCGGUCCCUACUCCUCUUGUUAUCGCCCAGAAAAUUUCCGAGAAGCUGGCAGGAAAUGAAGCACUUUCGCCCACAUCUCCCUCGAAGGAGGGCAGGCCUGGAGAAUGGAGGACACUGGCUUCUGGGGCCCCUCGAAAUGGGGACCACCUGCCAUGGCACAGACCCACGACACAGCCUGCACCCAAGAUCCACCGCUUCCCCAGCAACAUCAGCGUGACCAACAGCUCGGGGAAGGAGUUCAACAAGACCAUCUCGAAAGCAGCCGUCAAUGUGCAGGAGCGGAAGGCCCAGGUCUUGGCCAACAUUAAUGGUAUCUCUUUCCUCACCGUGGGAGAAAUGGAAGAUCAGGCCCCGAAGGGCCAUCUCACUGAGCAGAGGAGAAGCAUCUCUCCAGAGCAGGGCACUCGGGACCAGAGCAAGCCAGGCCCCGGCCAGGAAGCUGUAUCCUCGCGGGCGGGAAGGCAGACCAGCGGUCAGCAGUCCAGAGGCGUGCAGACAGAACAGUCCCCGCCGUUGGCCAAUGGCUUCCAGAGCAUCCACGAUGUCCUAAAGAGGGAGCCUAGUGCCUUUGUCUCUACUGGAAAAACUGUCACCAUCCGUCCAGACCCGGCUCUUACUAGUAAACUUGCACGCCAGAACGCCAGCAAGAGCUUGUAUGAGCACCGGCAGCCGGACUGCAGCCAGGAUGCGAGGAGGCGGUCGGGUUCGCUCCCCAGGGCCGUGGGGUUCAGGCCGCAGGGCAUCACUGUCCAGUUCUCCGGCCGAGGCUCCACCGAGGAAGCCCGGAGGGAGGCCCUGCGGAAGCUCGGCCUCCUGAAGGAGAACUUGUGAUGGAGGCUGAGCAGGGAGCUGGAGGAGGCACGAUGCCUGGUCUGUCUGGCAGGAGAGCAGGAGCAGCAGUCCCAGCUGCUGUGCCCGGCUGAGGGCUAGAGAUGAGAGGCGCCAGGACUCAGUGGUCCCGACUGAGUGAAGGACAGAAAGUGCGGCCCCACUCUGAUGCUACAGCCGAGCAGAGGGGAUCCUUCUGUGAAAGAGGGUCCAGCCCCAUCUCUUGUCUUCCUUUUUCCAGGAACUCAGAGAAUAAUUUUAAAAACCUAUUUGUUCCUAUAAUUUGUAAAUGCCAUAUACUUUUUGGGUUUAAGAGGAGGGGGAUUGGGUCCAAUGUGUUAUUCUUGUCUCUAAUUGAGCCUUUUAUCCCAAGGACAUGACAUGAAGUCAGUUUAGAUCUCUUAUACUCAGUUCUCUAAGAAAGUGAGUUUCUAAGAAAAAUAAAAAAGAAAUGCUUGUUAAAUUUUCAUAGUGUCUUAAAAUACUUUUCUGGUUUUUUGUUUGUUUUUGAAGGGUAAAUAACAAUGCGCUUGCCCUAGAUAUGCCUUUGUUGCUUGAUAUAACUUGGUUUGCCCAGUUUUUUGUUUUUGUUUUGCUGAGGAAGAUUGGCCCUGAGCUAACAUCUGUGCCAAUCUUCCUCUAUUUUGUAUGUGAGACGCCGCCUCAGCAUGGCCACCAACAAGUGGUGUAGGUCUGCACCCGGGAUCUGAACCCCAGGCCACCGACUGAAGCAGAGCCCACAGAACUUAACCAUCAGGCCACCCGGGCUGGCCCUGCUCAAUUCUUUUUUUAAUUGAAAAUUAAAAUGAAACCUUUAGAGUAUGAUUUACUGUAAUUUUGAGGUAUGGGAGUGGAAUAGAAAGGUUGAGUUUGGAAAAGGUGGUAAUCUUAAGAAAGUGAGUCUCAUGAGACUAGAAGGUCUGUGUUCCUGGGAGAUAUGUGUAUGAACGUGUAUUGUGUAUAUACAUGUACAUAAUAUAUGUUAACAUAUACACAUGUAGGUAUUGUGUGUGUGCACACGCAUUCAUAUGACAUACAUAUAAAGUUAAAACCCCGUUGAGUAAGACAGGAUGCAGGAGCUUCCUAUCCUCCUGAUGGACACAGCCAUCUCAGCAUUGUGAUGGGUGACACAGAAAUGUUUACUUCCUAAUAAGGAAAUCUUUUAAGGACCUAUCUCCAUAAUAUUUCGGUGAACCAAAGUGCUUUUUCCUCAACAGUGUGUUGUUCUGUUCCCAAUUAAAGUAAUAUUCCAAAGAAGCAAGAUAGUUCCUUUUUUAGUAAAGAACGUUUUUAAAGAUUUAAUUUAUCACCUAAUUUUAAUUUAUCGCCUAAUUUUAGUUUUGCAUGUUCCGAGGUAGCCAGUAAACAGAGGAAAACAGAAGAUUCUUAAGAUCCCCUGUCUUCCAUGGGCAAGAUCUCAGGAUUAAUUUAAAAGGGAAAAAAACAGCGAACCAAGUUAUGCAGUAUGAAAAGAACUGGUUUUCUCCCCAGCUGUGACUUGCAUGCUGAGCUGUGGCCACAGCAUUAUUAUCAAACCUCUCCGAGGCUUGGGUCUUAAACCUCUAAAAAUAGACCAGGAGGGGCCACACUUGAAGUUACGCCCUUUUGUUAUUGUGUCUCAGAAUCUGUUUCUUUCCUGUUGAGUAUUAUUUAAAUUCAGACUUUUAAAUGUGCUGUGAAGGACGUUUUUCAUAGUAUUCAAUUUGCCUUGUAAGUUACAUAAAAUGAUUGCAAUUUUUUCCUUAGAACUACAGUAUUUAGCGUCUCGUCCAGCCCUGUCCUCUUGAAAUAAUCUCAUAGGUUCUUGACGGUCUUUGUUUCAAUAGGUGCUUUGAUUUUAGAGGUUUGUAAAAUAGCUUUUAUUUUACUCCUGUUCAUGUUGGGUUUGUUUAAAGGAUUCUCGAGGGCUGUAUUCCCUUUUUAUAAAGUGAGAUGCCAUACAGUGUUUAAAAAUGGAGGGUCUUGAUAUGGCUAACAUUUUAAAUGUCCUUUAUAUAUGAGGCUUCUUUCUUUUUAUCUUAUCCUAUGACUUCAUUGUGAUUAAGGUGAACUUGACUAUAUAUUAGCUUAUUUGUUCUCAUAAUGACAUUUUUGAAAAAUAAAUGUAGAGAUUUACCUUAAGUAUAAACAACAUUGUGCAUU